AUGCGAAUUCUGAUGAGUGAUCGUCUUGAAGUGCUUACUUCAUUCAUCGAAUCUUCUUCUUCUCUCGAUGAAUUGUCGAAGAAAACGGAAGGGUUCACGAUUGGAGAAUUGGAAAGAUUAUCGAAAAGGAUUCGAAUUCAGGCUAUAAUUAGAGGAGACAAGUUGGCCAACAACGAUGAUGUGGAGAAAAGUUUGGAGGAAACAAGAGCGAUCACAUCAGGAAAUCUCGCAGAAACGAGUGCUGGUGAAUGGGAAAUGAAAUUGAGUGAUGUGGGAGGGAUGAGAGAGCAAAAGAGAACUUUGGAAGAGUUGCUGUUAUGGCCAGCUAAGUACGCAGACUUGUUUGCCCGUUGUGGUGUUCGGAUGGGACGUGGGGUUCUUUUGUGUGGACCGUCCGGUUGCGGAAAAACGAUUCUUGCAAAAGCAUUUGCUGCACACACGAAAUUUCAGACUAUUUUUAUUAAGGGACCUGAACUUCUAUCGAAAUACAUUGGAAGUAGUGAAGAGAAUGUGAGAAAUGCGUUUGCGAGAGCAAGAUCGAGCGCUCCUUGUGUCUUGAUCUUUGACGAAUUGGACUCAUUAGCGCCUAGGAGAGGAGCUGACAACACAGGAGUCACUGAUCGAGUCGUUAAUCAAUUAUUGACUGAAAUUGAUGGAGCUGAAGGAUUGAAUGGUGUGUUCGUGCUUGGAUGCACGUCUCGUGUGGAUCUCAUCGAUCCGGCACUUUUGAGACCAGGCCGUUUCGAUCAUAAGUUGAUUUGUGGCUUGCCAAAUCAAGAAGAUCGUGAAGAAAUUCUCUCUAUCGUGCUACAAAAGAUCAAACAUGAUGGAGAGUUUAAUCUUGCAAAACUCUCGUCGAUGAGCGAUGGAUGGACGGGAGCUGAUUUGAAUGCAUGGAUGUUGAAUGCGCAUUUCUUGGCAAGCCGUAGAAAAGCCAAAGAUGCCGAGCCAUCAAUCACAAUGAAUGACGUCAUCGAGGUGCACAACGAGUCCCGUCCAAAACCACGAAGAGAGCAAACAGCCGAAUUUCGAGCCGGUCAACGAGUCACUCUUGCC